AUGUUAUAGAUAACAUAUCAUAAGCUUAAAAAUAUAUUUAGAUGUUUUCAGGAUAGUCUAAAUUAAUAAAUCUUAAGUAUUAUUGAUAUUACAAAAGAUUCAGAGUUUCUACAAUCAUUGAAUUUUCUCCAGAGACUAAAGAUAUUACACAUAAAGAAAUUGCUCCUAUCAUAAAUGCUUUAUUAGAUUUCUAAGCAUUUAUGGAUAUUUAUCUAAAUUAUUCAGAUAUUAUUUUUGGUUUUUAGAGAGUAAUUGACUUAAUAAGAUUAAAAAGUGUUUGAUUAUUUUAGUUAACAAUUUCUUAAUUCAUCUCAACUAAAAGAAUUGGAUCUGUUGAAAGCUAUGUAAAUAUUUCAAUAACGACUUAAUACUAAGCAUAUUAAAGCUCAAAUGAUAUAUCUUAAAUUGGAUUGA